CCCCUCUCUCUCUCUCUCCCAGCACCACCGUCCUGCGACGAGAGCGCACGCACGAAGUGAGAGAAAGUAGAGAGAGAGAGAGAGAGCGAGAGGGGGAGAGCGCAGACCGAAAUUUCCAAGUUUUUCCGUGAAUCUUAAGGCGCAUUCCCCCCCUGCCUUGCUCCUUCCCCGAAUCUCUCUCUCUUCGCUUCUCUCUCUAUCCAUCAUCGCCGUCGCCGUCGCCGUCGUCGUCGGCUUCUGCGUCUUCUCAAGGAGAGAUCCCCCUGUGAUUUUCCGGCGGACCCGGUCUGCAAGGAUGGUGUUUUGGGUUUUUGGUUAUGGUUCACUGGUAUGGAACCCUGGAUUUGAGUUUGAUGAGAAAAUUAAAGGCUUUAUCAAGAAUUAUAAGCGUGUGUUUGAUCUUGCGUGCAUUGAUCAUAGAGGCACGCCUGACCAUCCUGCUAGGACAUGCACUUUGGAAGAAGCUGAAGGAUCCAUCUGCUGGGGUGUUGCGUAUUGUGUGAGUGGUGACCCUGAAAAGGAAAGAGCAGCAAUGGAGUAUCUGGAGCGCAGAGAAUGCGAGUACGACAAGAAGACUCUGGUUGAUUUUUACAAGGAAGAGGAUAUGUCACAACCAACUUUGCAAGGAGUUAUAGUCUUUACGUCCACUCCUGACAAAAUAUCAAACAAAUAUUAUCUGGGUCCUGCUCCAUUGGAGGACAUGGCAAGGCAAAUUGCCACCGCUUUUGGACCUUGUGGAAACAAUAGAGACUAUCUGUUCCUAUUAGAGAAGGCCUUGUUUGAUAUUGGGCAUGAAGAUGAUCAUAUUAUCGAACUCGCAAACGAAGUUAGGAAAGUUCUCGGGACUGUUGGGAAGAUUGAUAAGAAGUUGGUUGGGCCAUCCCACAUCCCAUUAAAGGACAAUGUUCCGUCCCUGAUACUGCGUCCGCUUCAGGGAGCCAUAGCCACAGAUUCCUCAUGAAGUAAAGCCGACGAUCGGAGAUGAGUGUAGCUCAGAGGCUCUCUCAACCCGAUUACUAAUGUCUUCACCAACUCUUCUACACUCUGAAACUGUUCUUUUGUAUUCUUUUCAGCACUCAAAUCAGACUUUUAAUCUUACCACUGUGUUAACAUGCCUAGGUUAGGCCUAAUUUCUGAGUACCUAAGUUUAGGAAUCCAAUAAACUCAAAUUAUGGACCACGGAGAGAAAUGGUGGUCUCAUAGAGUACGCAUUAGAGUGUUACAAUUUGUUGUAAUGCUGCCGGGAAUGUCCUGUUUCUGUUCAAGCGAAUUGCGAGUGUCUUCAUUUUCAUUUCAAUCCUGGUUCGUGUUGCCA